UGGGGACCAUGAGUGUUGACUGUUGCUUUGUUCACAGCCCAGUUUCGGUAUCAAGUCCUCAACCUUCUUAUUUGACGGCGGCAGCACCUUCCGAUGCACUUCAAUCCUCUCAACGGCGACUACGCACGUGAAACCAGGAGGGGGGAGAAAAUCGAGCACCAUGGUAACAGCCUUUGGUUGUUCAUCAGAAAAGAAAUAUCUGCAUCACCAUUAACUCCACCGAAGAUCACACUAACUACCACCGUCUCUCUCUCUCUCUCUCUCUCUCUCUCUCUCUCUCGGUUGCAUCGCAUGAUCACGUUGAAGUUCGUCUUUCCGACGACCAAUAUUUCUACUACAAUUUCGCGGAAAGGAACAUGGCGUGUUUCAGCCUGGGUCUGCAGAAGAUGAGUUGCUUCAAGAAUCAGCAUCAGGAGAAGGCAAAAGGGCGCGAUCUCGUCGUCCAGUCUGCCGAUGGUGGAGAGGACAUCCUGGACGCAGCCUCCGCUUCGACGGCGAAGCACCUUGUCGUUAUGGUCAAUGGCCUCGUUGGGAGUGCUGAAGAUUGGACGUUUGCUGCUGAUCAAUUUGUGAAGAAGUUUCCUGAUAAAGUAAUUGUACACCGUAGUAAAUCGAAUCAUUCAAGAUUGACAUUUGAUGGUGUUGACAAGAUGGGCGAGAGGCUAGCUAAAGAGGCACGUGCACACCGCAGGCGGCCUUCAAUCGAGAGACAACCCACGUGGUGGCCCAGAACAGUAUGGAUCCAUUCACCCGCUGCAGCGGUAAAAUUGGUCAUUGAGCGUAGGCAUGGACUGCAGAAGGUCUCUUUUAUUGCUCAUUCACUUGGAGGUCUGAUUGCAAGAUAUGCUGUUGGAAAGCUUUAUGUGCCUCUUCUUAAUGAGAAACCUCCCACUGUGAAUGGCAAUUGUUCAGAAAAUAACGUGUCAUUGCAACCUCAGAAUAAGCACCAAGGAAGUACCAUUGCAGGACUCGAGCCAAUGAAUUUUAUAACUUUCGCAACACCUCAUCUGGGUUCAAAGGGAAAUAAACAACUCCCAUUCCUCUGUGGUUUUCCUUUUCUGGAGAAAAGGGCGUCUCAAACAGCUCACUGGAUUGUUGGAAGGACAGGGAGGCAUCUUUUCCUUACUGAUAAUGAUGAUGGACUGCCUCCGCUUCUCUUAAGAAUGGUUGAUGAUUUUGAUGAUCUUCACUUCAUAUCUGCCCUUCGUGCUUUCAAGCGUCGUGUAGCCUAUGCAAAUGCAAGCUUUGACUAUAUGGUAGGGUGGAGAACAUCUUCAAUUCGUCGUCAAGAUGAACUUCCGAAGAUUAAUCGCCAUAUUAAGAAUGAAACAUAUCCACAUAUUGUGAACAGUGAAGUAGAGAAAGUGGAAAACCACAGUCCAAAGGCAUCUUCAGCAAUGGAAGGGCAAACAGUGGAUGUUGAAGAGAAGAUGAUUAGAGGUCUAACUCAGGUACCCUGGGAACGUGUGGAUGUCAGUUUCCACCGAAGCAGACAAAGAUACAUUGCACAUAAUGCAAUUCAGGUGAAGCGUUACUGGAUGAAAUCAGGUGGGGCAGAUGUUGUAUACCAUAUGAUUGACAAUUUUUUGGUGUAAAUUUUCCUUUCAUGUUUAAACAUACACAUGAUGUACCACAAAGUAAAUUUUUUCACAUGAGAAUGUUACCUUUCAUUUUUGUAAAAUUAUCUAAUUUCUAGCAGCAGGAUUAAUAUACCCCAUUUCAAUGCGAAUCAACCGAUUCUGGUUGAUUUGUUUCUUGAUUA